GUUUGACACGUGGAAGAAGGUGUCUGACGUGUUUUUCUAUUUUACCCAAAAUUAAUACAGCACCCGUGAACUCUGUGCUGUUAAAAUUUUCGCGARGUAUGGCCAAAAUCAUCGAGUGUGUUCCAAACUUUUCGGAGGGACGAARUAAASAAGUCAUUGAUGCGAUUUCUGCAGCUAUAAGUUCUACUCCCGGAGUCAGCUUGCUYGAUGUUGAUCCAGGGUCGUCUACAAACAGAACUGUUUACACGUUUGUUGGCUCUCCUGACGAUGUGGUGGAUGGUGCAUUGAAUGCUGCCAAAACAGCWGCUCAAUACAUUGACAUGUCAAAGCACAAAGGAGAGCACCCAAGGCUUGGAGCACUUGACGUCUGUCCAUUUAUACCAGUUAGAAAUGCUACAAUGGAGGAUUGUGUCCAGUGUGCAAAUAAUUUUGCUAAAAAGGCAUCAGAAGAAAUGGGAAUAUCUGUUUAUCUGUAUGGUUAUGCAUCUCAGCAAGAUUACAGAAAAACUGUUCCACAAAUCAGAUCUGGCGAAUAUGAGGCUCUUGCUAAAAGGAUAAUCACUCCAGAAUGGCAACCAGAUUAUGGUCCUGCAGAGUUCAAUCCCAAGUGGGGUGCUACUAUUGCGGGGGCUAGAAAGUUCUUGAUAGCCUAUAACAUUAAUGUACUUGGUACCAAAGAACAGGCGCAUAGGAUUGCUUUGAACCUUAGAGAGGCAGGUAGAGGUCCUGAUAAGCCAGGACGACUACAUAACGUACAGGGAAUGGGCUGGUGGCUUGAAGAAGAAAACAUGGCYCAGAUUUCUCUCAACUUAUUGGAUCAUGAAGUCACCCCUAUGCAUAUUGCUUAUGAAGAAGCUGUCAAGGAUGCAAAGGAAAUGAAAGUUGGAGUAUGUGGUUCACAAGUUGUAGGCCUGGUUCCAUUGGAWGCCAUGCUGAAGGCAGCUGAUUAUUACAUUGAAAAAGACAGUCUUUUUAUCAUGGAAGAAGACCAGAARAUCAGACUAGCCAUUGAAAGAAUGGGUUUAAGCUCAAUAGGACAUUUUGACCCAAAAACAAGAAUUAUAGAGUAUAUGGUAGGAAAAUCAGAGGGCCCACUGGUUUCCAUGUCAUUAAAGAACUUUAUCUUGACUAUUGGAGCACGGACCUCAGCACCAGGAGGAGGUUCUGCCGCUGCUGCAAUUGGAGCCAUUGGCUCAGGUCUUGGGACAAUGGUAGGUUUGAUGUCAUAUGGUAACAAAAAGUUUGAACGUUUGGACCCACUUAUGAGAACAUUGAUACCACCGUUGCGACAAACUAUGUUAGAGUUGAUUGACAUGGUUGACAAGGACACGUCUGCUUUUAAUGACUACAUGAAAGCAAGAAAACUACCUCAAAAGACUUCAGAAGAAAAGGAAAUACGUGAAAAAGCUCUUGAAGAUGGCCUCAAGAAAGCUGUUCAAGUACCAAUGUCUGUUAUUUUAACUUCAAAUAAAGCUUGGGAACAUCUUAUUGAACUCUCYAAAGUCAGCAACAUCACYACCAAGUCUGAUAUUCAGGUUGGUGCUCGUAGCCUUGAGACUGGUGUAUGGGGUGCUUUCUAUAACGUCAAAAUCAACUUACCAGACAUCAAAGAUGAAGAGUACAAGACAAAGAUUCUGAAAGAAGCRGAAGAAGCUGUGUCGUUCGCACAAGAAAAGUGUAAAGCAGUUUUAGACACUCUUGAAAAUAGAUCGACUUAAUGUUUGAAUCUUAGGGUAGUCACUAGGCAAGGUUUUAAGUUAUUUUUAUUUAAAAAUUAUUAUACAUGUAUACUAAUAAUUGUUUUGGUGGGAAGUAUAUUUUAUUGAGAGACAAACUUGUAAUAUAGAAGUAUGUAUAAUAUGAAUAUCAAUUUUAAUAUAAGGAGUUUUAAAAAGUCCUUCUAAAAUGUUUGUUAUAUUUAUAGUGCGAAUCAUUAAUACGUCAUCCAUGAUAGAGGAAUGAUGUUACAACGAUUUUWAGUAAGUUUAAGACUGUGAAGGAAUGGAAUAAUUUCAUGGUAUCUUAUUGUAACAAUUUAUAACUUUAUAAAGAUAAUAGUUCA